UGUUUAGUAGGGAAGAUCGGCGGUCUCGGCCAAUCAGACGCAAAGCGGCCACUUACGGGCAUCUUGGAUCACCGUGGCGUGGAUCGCCAGUCAGUUUACAUUCAGUUUCUGUCGAGACGCGAUGCCUCGCGUGUCGUUUGUCUCUCUCUUUCUCUCUCUGUGCGUGUGUGUACGUUGCACGCGUUUCGUGCGCGUAAAUAAACGCCCGUUUGUGUGUUUGUUUGCUCGAGAGUGAACGAUCGAAGAUCGCCGGAAUCGUGGGCUCGAUUUUCGUGCGAACAAGUGCAGUCAACCGGGGAAAAAUUGUUACGUGUUCUGUCAACAACGUUCUUGGCCGGUGAUCGAUUGGCGUCUCGAUCGGGCGAAACGCGGAUCGACGCGCGCGAAAAGGCGAUCCUCCAACGCUCGAAAGACAGAAGCAGUCGAAAUGGAGUCGUUUGUCUGCUAGUUUGUCUGACGACUUCUGCCUAUACGCAAAAAUAAAAAAGGAGAUGUGCGCGCGCGUGUGCCCAGAGACUUUCUUCAAGCAAGUCGAAAUCACCACGGUGUGAUUGACGACUUGACGUGUGAGGACCGUGGAUCUGACCGGAUGGAUCUGAACGUGUGCUCGCGGCGCGUGCACGACGGCUACGCGACCAUAAGGUCGCGAGGUCGCAGCAGGCCUCGAGCCGUCUACAGGUCCGACUCGGAGGAGCUGCUCAAAGAAGCCGGCGGCCCGUACGCGCUCCCCCAGCUGUCCAACUUUCCCGUGGUGGUCGCGAGCAACAACGAUCUGCAACAGGUGCCGAGAUGGAGCGACCUCGGCAAGGAUUGCCUGCUGAUCGAGAACUACGGGACGCUGAGAGGCUCGAAGAGGGGAAAUCCUUGGCCGGAGGGGCGCAGGCUGGUGACGCUGAAUACGUUCAGCAAGAUCGAGCAAGGCCGCGGCCAAGGACAGCCGAGCGACGCGUUCUCGGGUAGAAACGGAUCGAACGAGAGGAAGCAGGACUCGUCGAUGGAGAAUGGCUCGAUCGAUCGCGCGGAGGAACGCAGUUUGCGUCCAUUCCGAUCGAACAGCAACGCUUUCAACGAUCGAGGCUCGCCCACGAGGUUCGCCGAGGAUCACUACCGGCCUACCGCGAUGCUCGACUCUGAUCUGAAGAGGCUGAAGGAGAUCGAGGGCAACGCUUCGGACCUUUCGGCGAGAAGAGGCGGGAGAAGGGAAGACGCGAGGUUGAGGAGAAUCGGCGAGACGAAAGGCAGGCAACCGAUCUACGCGGUGCCGAGCAGCAUACUGCCGAGGUCGAGGCGCGACCGUCGCGUGGCGAUCGUCGACGGGAACUACGUUCCGAGCGGCGAUCUUUACCGCACCACGGCCAAGUACAUCGAGGACAUCAACAAGAACAUCGCGGAGAUCGACAAGAGUUACGAGGAGCUCAAGUCGUCCUCCGGCUCGAGGAACUCGUCCACUUACGGCGUGAUCAACAGGAUCGCCAAGGGCGAGACGAUCGAUCGGACGACGGUGGAUCUGUGCGGCUACGCGAGGAAGAGGGACAUGGCGCCGAUGCCGCCGAUAUCGUGCGACUUUGGCGAGAGUCUUUUCGAGAGGCAGUCGGACUCGGACGCGAAAACGGAGAGCCUGGACAGCGGCACGGUUCUGACGCUCAAGAGCAGCAGGCCGAACUCGUUCGGCAAACAUCCGCCCAAGUUACUCCCGAGGUCGUCGUCGAUAGAGAACACGUCGAGGCACUCGACGGGAUCGACGACCACGUCCUCGACGAAAUCUACCGAGUCGCUGUACGCCAUCAGCGAGGUUGGACAGAGCGGGCGAAACGGAAGCGAGUACUUGAAAUCGGGUGUCUUUCAGAACGGUAGCUCGAAGAAUCCGGCGAGUACGGAAGGUUCGGACGAGCUCGAGUCCAAGGACGAAAUGUCCUCCACCGACGACGACAGGCCGACGAUCGUUCGCUCGGUGGAUCGUCUGCCGGUCACCAGUUCGAUUCGAAAGAAUCGUUCUCGAGUCGACUCGUCGCAGGACAGGGUUCGAGUGACAACGUGCCAGGUGUCGUCCAGCGUUCGUCGAUCGAACGAUCUGGUCGCGAGAGAAGACAAGAGUUUCUACAAAUCGCAGCCAGCGGCGGCGAGAUCAAUUCCCAGCGAGAGUAGUGGUUACUCGGAGAGGAGAUACGACACGUUGCCCACGCGAAGAUCGAGAGCCACCUCGAGACCUCUUCACAAAUCCAGCGAAGACGUGCUCGACGGUGAACGACUUGUUCGCGCCAGAUCGUCGUCGCUUCACCGACCUUGCGUCAGCGACGUGGACGUCAGCGAACGGAACGCUGAACGCCUCGAUAACCGGAGGAAUAACUUGGACAACUUGUUCGGCAGACCGCCACCCUUUUAUUUGAUGGACGCCACCGACGUUAUAUUGCGCGGGCAGCUGGACAGAACCAGUCGCGGACUUCAUCAGUGGCAAGAUCAUCCCUCAAAUCCGGCGAAAUCGUCCUGUCGUAGAACCAGACACAACUCCUUGGAAUCGGAGGAGCCGGAGAACAAAGACAACGACGACAAUCGCCGACACGCGGGCGGUUUCGCCACUUUGCCUCGCAGGGGCAAUCUGGCGAAAGAUCAGCCCUCCAACGAUCCUCUCAGACGUUUGUCCGGCAACGUGCCGAUCCUCGAGCCGCUUUACGAGCACGCGGUCAGCGAUCCGGUCAAGCCGAGGAGCAACGAGAACGUCAUCCCUUGGUGGGAACUGGCCACCAGGAAGUACAGACAUCGAAGUUGCCCGUCGCUGCAGGUAACGCGAACAGAGAGAUCUCUGUUUCUCUCUUCGUUUGUCAUUGCGUUGUAA